AUGUGGAAACGUUGGGGAACUGAAUAUGUUGCUUUGAAAACACUUAACGAAGGUUUUAGCUAUCUUAUGCAUGAAGUAACAAAUACGCUGCAAACUUGGUUUGAUUGUACAGAUGAUUAUAUUCAGCUUCAAUUUAAAACUGCUGAUGAAAUUAUGCAAAAAAGACCGCUUCCAAUUUCUUAUAUCCAUCCUUCAGCUAUUUUUACUAGCCGUCGUUUGCCAACCGUUUCUACUGAAGAUAAUUAUCAAACACGCCAAUUCGAUCUUACAGUGCCUGAUGAAGACGAUAAAGAAUUAAAUUAA